AUGAACAAUACAUCAUGUCUUCAGCCAUCGCCAGCUACCACUGUAGCUCUCCCCAUCAUCUACUCCUGCCUGCUCCCCGCUGGAAUCUUCGGGAACGUUCUGGCCGCCUGGAUAUUCUCACGGAAAGCGCCCACCCGAAGGACGCAGUACAUUUACCUGGCCAACCUCGUGACCGCCAAUCUGCUGGUUUGCAGCACCAUGCCCUUCCUGGCUGCCUACUUUGCGGACGGGCACCGCUGGCCCUACGGCUCGCUGGCGUGCGGGGUCGCCCAUAACCUGGGCGCCCUGGUGAUGCACGUCAGCAUGUACGUGACCAUCACCAUCCUGUGCUCCAUCGCCCUCAGCCAGUACGCCACGCUGAAGAAGAGCAGCGGCACACAGUGCUCCCCAGCUCUCCCAGGAAGCUUCCACGGGCGCCUGCUGCAGAACUUCCGGCGGCCCAAGUUCGCGAAAUAUUUGUGCGUCGUUAUCUGGCUGACCGUGCUCUGCGUAACAGCCACAGCCAUCACGUACAACGUCCAGCACAGGGUUUCAGCAGAGUUCCCCACGUGCUACAACAUCAGGGUGGAAGCUGGUGAACGUCCUGCAAUGAUUGCAGCUUCCCUUGCCACUGGGUGCUUUUUCCUGUCUUUUAUGACCGUUUUGUGGUCGUACUAUUCUCUUACCAGACAUCUGAGCAGAAUACAAAAAAACACCUGUAUUGGAGAAAAACAUCUAAUUUACAGGACAGUCAAAAGAAACAUUCUCAUCAUCCAGAUAAUAUUAACUGUCUGCUUUCUUCCAUAUCAUAUUUUUAGGCCGGUGUUCUAUGUGCUGCUUAGAGAAAAUGACUGUCCAAGGUUAAACUAUCUAGUGGAAAUUAAAAAUUUCCUUACUUGUCUUGCUGCUGCUAAAAGCAGUUUAGAUCCAGUUAUAACCUUUCUGUUAGAUAAAACAUUUAAGAAAAGUCUUUAUGGCCUGUUUACAAAAUCCACACCAGAACAUCAAAAACGCAACAAUGGUAUUUUCAUUGAAAUGGGAAGGAAUAUGGAAAGAUUUUCUUAG